GGGGGGGGGGCUGUGUCAUCUUGUCCAUCGUGUGUCCCUGAACCCUCUAAGAUCUCCAGGUGGUAUGAUUGGGAAUCUUGCUCCAAAAGCUGAGAAAGAUGGAGAAAAAGUGUCUCACACAAAUGUCCUCCAAGCUAACUCAACCGGACGUCUUCUGUGACUUGGAGAGUGAGGAAGGAAACAAAAGGGGACACAACCCUUGAAAGCAGUUGAUACGGCAACUAUUAAACUCAAAGGCUUGAAUUGAGGCUCUGAUAUUUGAUCACAUCUAAGCAAUCCAGGAGAGAAGAGUGUGGAAACACCGUUUGGCUAUUCAGGUGAACUCAAAAGUGCUUGUGUGGUGUUGUGCCUCAAAGAGAUCAAAUGAAAUAUGAGGAUUACGUAGCCACGGAUGAUUCCAUUUUCUUUCUCAGCUUUGAGCUGGAAGGUUUUCUGAAUAAAGGCUGUUUUCAUUGAGGUACUCUGUGGUGCAAGCUAGUGUAGUCGGCCGUCUUUCAACGCAGGUUUCUCAAGGUGCAAAGAACAAGUGGUGGAAUUAGAUUUUAAAAACAUAAAUGUAAAAGAAAAACAUCUUUGUCUCCAGGUCUGAGGAGGUGAGCUCCAAAGAUAAUGAGUAUAGUGAGACAAUUUAGUUUUUGUUCUUCUAAAUGUGUCUUCUUAGUGCUGCAAAAGAGUGAAGGUGAACACCAUAACCAGCUUAUAACUGAAGGAAGCGGCCAUUCUUCUCUGCUGACCCUAAAGCUAGCAGACGGGGAUCAUCUUGAGCAUGAAUAGCUAAAAGCAUCAAAUAAGCCAAAUCAAGAGAGCAGUUAUUCCCAAAGACUCCUCCAAAAGUUCAAAAAACAUGCAUACAUGAGAUUAUUUUAUGUGCAAGUUAAGCACCGGAUUAUCGCAGUAAAGUGAAUUAAGAGAUCAUGACAUUGAGUUUUCAUGCCCAUGGACCCGGUACGAAGGAUGGUGACAUCUUUUUAAAUGCCACAUCUCAGUAAUGUGUUUAAGAGAAACUCGAUCAUAGAUUUCACCGUGUGAGAUGAUAGUGAAUGAUAUUUAACAUUUUAGAAAGCCCCAUGAUUACAUCUCAAGAGGUUACACGUUGUACGUGCACUGUGAACUUUGGCAGAAAAAGCUCUUAAGACACGAUGAACCGAGUGUAACAUUGUGGUCUUCCCUUAUUUAUUAUUAUUGAUUUUUUAUUAUUUAUUUGGACCUUUGUUGACCUAAAGUCUUGCACUUAUAGUAAAGUGUGAAACUUUAGUAGUAGUUUAUCAUGUCAUGGGCUGAACAGUUAGUUUGUUCUGUAACUUUGAUAAACAUUUGUGUUUUAGUUUCACCUGCACAUGCUUUAGUUUAGAUGGACACUCGUGACGUUUCCAUUAAGCUUGUUUCUAUCAGUAUUUCAUUAUCUUAUGAGGUGUAAUAACUACUUAUAUUCUCAUGCCAUCGAAACACACAGCACUGAAAACAUCACUGUCAAACCUGGAGUCGUUUUUCACUACGAGCUACCUGACCUCUGACCUAAAGCUGGUUUCAAUAAGCUUAACGUCCCGUCAUGAAUGCUCGUACAGAAUGAAAGAGAAGAAAAAGCAGCUACAGGGAUUUCAACACAUUUCUGAAAAACGUGUCACUAACGAGCUAUUUUCCAUGUUUUUAUUCCCACAAUAAUGAACUACUAACCAAAGCAGCUGUGCAUCAGUACAUCUUACUGCGUAGGACAUCACAUUAUUAAUACUUUUCUCUAUGAAUUUGUCUGUAGAGAAGUAUCUGUUUACCCUCUGGAUAAGAUCACCAUUACUAGCUAGAAGCACUCAUUUGUUGCCGUAUUUAAAGUCAAAGUCUUUUAAAGAAUAUAGUAAAAUACCAAUAAAUGUCGACUGCAUCCCUCACCUACACAUACACAGUAGUUUGUGCAUGUCCUGUGACUUGAAGGUAACUUUUUGAGUUGGAUGUUUUCCUCUUGUACAUUUUUGCUCUGAAAGUCUUUGUUUGACUUAUUGCUGUUUAGAACUGAAGUGAAAAAGUUUUGUGUCUGCACCGUUUUGUGUAUCUGCUGAUCGAUGUCCGUAGUGAUACGAUUAUGCUCACUAAAAUGCUCCUCUUGAUAAUCAUGGAAAAUUAAAGUUUGCUCAUUGUUUUUGCUCAUUCAGCUUGACGUCACUCUUGAAUUUGUUAUUUGUUUUUCACUCAUGUUGCAGAUGGAUUCUUAUUAUUAGCAUGAAAUGCUCUCAAAUAGGAACUAUUGCAGUUAUAAUAAUGCCUAAUGAUAAAAACAACAACAUUGUUUUACAGCUGCAGUAUGAUUCUUAAGUCUUUUUAGGCCAUGACUUUUCUCUGGGGAUUAUAUUUCAUUAAGCCUUCAAACUGUGAGCGCAGAGCAGACCUAUAGGAUCCAGGUUGCAGUAUGCACACAUGCAGGCUCAUUGGCUGCAGGCAGGUUGACACACUUUCCCUGCUCCACCGCCUCGUGCAGCUGUAGCGGGUGCUCGGAGCCUGUAGAACCAGCAGGUGGUACCCUACUGUCGGCCGUGUCCGACUGUUGAACGCGUGCAGCCGGCUGGUGGAAGAGCUGAAGAACUAGAGAGGAGAGAUCAGACCACCGGGGGACGAGGUCAGGCGGAGAAAAGGAGAGCCGCUUCUUUAUCUGGGAGGAGAUGGACGCACGACGCACCGCGGUCGCUUCACUCACCGAGGUAAGCAGUGUUGCCUCCGCCGGGUUGUGACUCUCCGGGCACCGCAGAGGUGACCGGUGGACGCCGGUGGCCCGGACAGGACGGUUGCGGACACUUUGCGGGCUGCAGCAGGCUCAGUGCCCCCCCCCGGAGAGAAAAGCAUCUGGUAGCUCAGACUGAAAGAGGAGACGGGAACACCGACAGCAGCGCGGAAUUAUUGUUGGAUACAACACAGACUCACUUAAGGGUUUACACCGAAAUGGGAAAAGAAGUCUCAGUCACCUUGUAAGAUGUUUCCUCACCACAGAGAAAGGGAGCAGCCGAUCUUCAGCGCCCGGGCCCAUGUUUUCCAGAUCGACCCCGCCACCAAGAGGAACUGGAUCCCCGCCAGCAAACAUGCCGUCACCGUGUCCUUCUUCUAUGAUGCCAACCGUAACGUCUACCGCAUCAUCAGCGUGGGUGGUACCAAGGCAAUCAUCAACUGCACCGUUACACCCAGCAUGACAUUUACCAAGACGUCUCAGAAGUUCGGUCAGUGGGCGGACAGCCGGGCCAACACUGUGUACGGACUUGGUUUUGCUACAGAGCAACAGCUGCAUCAGUUCUCAGAUAAGUUUAAGGAGGUGAAAGAUGCAGCUCGUCUGGCGCGAGAGAAGUCGCAGGAUAAAGAACUGGCCAACACGGCGCUCUCCAUCGCUGCUCCACAGUACUCACAGGACCUCUCUGAUGAACUCCAGUCUCCACCGGUGAUGUGUGUGAACGGACCCGAGGACAAGCUGUUCCGCAGCCAGAGCGCGGACAUCACCCUGUCCGCUGAGAAGGAGCGCAUUAAGAAGAUGCUCUCUGAAGGGUCUAUCUGUGAGAUGAACCUGGAUGCAGAGCUCUUCACUCUGCAGGACAGCAACACCAAACUGGUGGCAGCUUUGCACGAGGCUAAUGCUAAUGUGGAGCAGUGGAAGAAACAGCUGACAGCGUAUCAGGGGGAGACGGACCGACUCAGAGAGCAGGUGUCUGAAUUAGAGGCCCACGGAGGCCAUGGCCCCAGUGACCUGCUGAAAGACGAGCUGACCCAGUCCCUGGAGGAGCUGGAGGCCCUGCUGAAGGCCAAAGAUGAGGAAAUCCACAUUUUGCAAAGCAAGAAAGUAGAGUACCACGAGAUGGAACACGACCGGGAUGAGGCCAUUCACAGAUUACGGGAGACGGAGAUGCGCAACGCAGAGCUGGAGCGCCGCAUCCAGAACUCAGAGCAGAACCUGAAUAACUCUCUGGAGGACCGGGAUCGCAUGGACUCUGAAAUCCAGAGGGGCAUCGAAAUUCUGGACAUCAAGAUCUUUGACCUCAAUGAUCUUCGCCAGAGUCUGGUUAAACUCAUAGACAAAUGAGCGGGAAAAUGGGUCAAUAUCCAACCCGAGAUGGAACAGAUGACGGGGUUAAAUAUGUUGUGGCCCAAUGCAGCGCGGGAGUAAACAAAGAUGGAGCUGGUCCCUGUCCUCUUCAAGCACAAGAACCACCUCGGCUGCAGGGAGGGAGUACGUGGUUUUGCUUGUCCAGUCUAAUGUAACGCUUCAUGUUGCUUUCAAGGGUAACAUUCAAUGCAAUAAACCAACUUUAAGGUAAGUGCUUAACACCGCUAGACGUUUAAUACAAUUGGUGCUUGUAGUUUUUCAUAAGUGUGACUUUUGUACACCAAAUGGCAAUGCAGUGUCAGUAUGAAUAAGAGGCCUUGUGUUGUUUUUUUAAACUGACAGGUGAUAUUUUAACAUCUUUAGAGCAAAACGAGUCCAUGAAGUGAAUGCAAAUGAAAAAGAGCACAAGACAAAAUGACUUCAGAGAGAUUUGCCUAUUUAACAGCCUGCCUAAAAUAUAUAAUUAUUACUGAUUUAACACUCCACAACGUUUGAUUUGUGCAUAUAUGUAUGUGUCAGUAAAAUGUAUGCCACACAACUUAAACAUUAGAGCUUAAUAGUGACACCAAAGAUCAAAUGUGAGGAGCAGAGUCAUCGAUGAGGUAUUUCAGUCUGUUAUCACAUCUUCAUUUAAGCUCAUAAGAAUCCUUUAAACCUAAUAUUCGUGACAGUAACCUGUAAGUAGAUAUGAUGCAAUAAGUAAUUACAUUUAGGAUAAAUAAGUAGUUUUCCACGUGAUAUAAAUUGAUAACGCUACAGCUAUUAAGUAAACACAAGAAAUAAAAGUCAU